UUCUCAUCAAAUAAAGAAAAAAUAAAUAACCGAGAAUCGCUUCGGGUCUACGAAACAAGACGAGAUCUACCAUUUCAACAUAAAUAUUUCAGAUCUAAUGAUUCAUAGACCUCUGUAACAACACAAACCCAACCGAGACGACCAAAAUGUACAUGUCGUAUGGAUGGCCACAGGUGAUCCCACUGGAGCAAGGACAGUGUCCGUCGUCUCAACGGAUCAUAUAUUUGAAAGUCAUCAGUGGCUUAUUACUCGUUGUGUCUCCUUCUCAUGUCGAGCUGUGGAGUUCCUCGCAGCACAAAGUGAGGUUAGGGAAAUAUAAGAGGGAUUCAGAGUCGGUGCAGAGAGAAGGCGAGAAUUUACAGGCCGUGUGGAGUCCCGAUGGCAAAUUGGUCGCUGUGAUUACGUCAUCUUUAUUUCUUCACAUUUUCAAGGUCCAGUUUACAGAAAAAAGAAUACAAGUUGGAGGAAAGCAUCCUUCUGGUUUGUUAUUGGCAAAUAUAUUUCUCGUUCUCAGUGAGCAGGUGCCUUUUGCAGAAAAGGGCUUUUCAGUGAGCAAUAUUGUGAGCGAUAACAAACAUAUGCUACUUGGACUUUCUGAUGGAUCUUUAUAUGGUAUCUCAUGGAAGGGGGAGUUCUGUGGAGCAUUCGAACUCAAUCACUUUCCAGAUGAUAGCAGCACAGUGACACCGUUACAAAAUUCUCUGAGUAAUGGCCUUGCGUCUGCAGAGACUUCAGGAGCUUUUGUGCCUGAUCUCAAAGUCUCCAGAAGGUGUGCUACUGCUAUCGUUCAGCUGGAGCUUUGCUUUCCAAUGAGACUGCUUCUUGUUCUAUAUUCUGAUGGAAAACUGAUGUCAUGCUCUAUAAGCAAGAAAGGUUUAAAGCAACCCGAAUUUAUUAAAGUUGAAAAAGAGUUGGGUUCUGGUGAUGCUGUAUGUACUUCAGUGGCGUCGGAGCAACAAAUCCUUGCUGUUGGUACCAGAAGGGGGAUUGUUGAGCUAUAUGACCUGGUGGAAUCUGCAUCACUCAUUCGUACUGUGUCUUUGUAUGACUGGGGAUACUCAAUGGAUGAUACUGGUUCUGUCAGUUGUAUUGCAUGGACACCUGAUAAUUCUGCUUUUGCUGUUGGGUGGAAGUCAAGAGGACUUACUGUGUGGUCUGUUUCCGGGUGUCGUUUGAUGUCAACAAUCCGUCAGAUUGGCUUAAGUUCUGUAUCUUCUCCAGUUGUGAAGCCAAACCAAGACUGUAAAUAUGAGCCACUAAUGAGCGGCACCUCGCAGGUUCAGUGGGAUGAAUAUGGAUAUAAGCUUUACGCAAUUGAGGAAGGAUCUUUGGAGCGAAUUCUUGCAUUUUCCUUCGGCAAAUGUUGCCUUAGUAGAGGAGUAUCUGGCAUGACAUAUGUCCGUCAAGUAAUUUAUGGUGAAGAUAGGUUAUUAGUUGUGCAGUCUGAAGACACUGAUGAACUUAAGAUUAUACACUUAAACCUUCCAGUUUCUUAUAUUUCCCAGAAUUGGCCUGUCCAGCACGUGGCAGCUAGCAAGGAUGGAAUGUACUUAGCAGUUGCUGGUCUUCAUGGGUUAAUCUUAUAUGAUAUACGGAUGAAAAAGUGGCGAGUGUUUGGAGAUAUCACUCAGGAACAGAAGAUUCAGUGCAAAGGUUUGCUGUGGCUGGGAAAGAUUAUUGUUGUCUGCAACUACAUUGAUUCUUCUAACACGUAUGAGCUGCUUUUUUAUCCUAGAUAUCAUCUUGAUCAGAGUUCACUACUCUGUCGGAAACCUUUGCUUGCAAAACCAAUGGUGAUGGAUGUCUACCAAGAUUAUAUACUGGUGACCUAUCGCCCAUUUGAUGUCCACAUAUUCCAUGUGAAAUUAUUUGGUGAAUUGACACCUUCUAACACUCCAGACCUACAGCUUUCUACAGUACGAGAACUGUCAAUCAUGACUGCGAAGAGCCACCCAGCUGCUAUGCGCUUUAUCCCUGGUCAGGUUACUGGAGAAAGUACAUUAAACAAUCAUGUUUCAACUGAAGAAGAUCUAUUUGACAAGGAGCCUGCAAGAUGUUUGAUAUUGAGAGCCAAUGGGGAGCUUUCACUUCUGGAUUUAGAUGAUGGAAGGGAAAGGGAGCUUACUGAUUCUGUUGAAUUAUUUUGGGUUACUUGUGGUCAAUCAGAGGAGAAGACGAGUCUAAUUGAGGAAGUUUCAUGGUUGGAUUACGGCUACCGAGGGAUGCAGGUUUGGUAUCCGUCUUCAGGUGUUGACCCUUUUAAGCAGGAGGAUUUUUUGCAAUUGGACCCGGAGUUGGAGUUUGACCGUGAGGUAUAUCCUCUGGGUCUUCUUCCAAAUGCUGGUGUUGUUGUUGGUGUUUCCCAGAGACUGUCAUUUUCAGCAAUCACAGAGUUUCCAUGUUUUGAACCAACUCCUCAAGCCCAAACUAUAUUGCAUUGCCUACUUCGGCAUCUUCUUCAGAGGGACAAAAUCGUGGAGGCUUUACGGUUGGCACAGUUAUCUGCAGAAAAGCCUCAUUUUUCACAUUGUCUGGAGUGGCUUCUUUUUACUGUAUUUGAUGCUGAAAUUUCCAGGCAAAAUAUUAACAAGAACCAGAUCUCAAUCCCUAAACGUUCUGCCAACCGCUCUCUUUUGGAGAAGACUUGCGAUUUGAUUAGAAAUUUUCCCGAGUACCUUAAUGUCGUUGUCAGUGUUGCAAGAAAAACUGAUGGCCGACAUUGGUCAGACUUGUUCUCUGCUGCUGGAAGAUCAACAGAGUUGUUUGAGGACUGCUUCCAGAGGAGAUGGUAUCGGACUGCAGCUUGCUAUAUUCUUUGACAACUGCUCUUCAGUACAAUCUACACUCGUUAGUUGAAAAUCUUGCUGUCAGUCUUCUUUCAUUAUCAGAUGGGUAUGCAUUUUAAUU